AUGAUACAAUACGAUGAUCGUCAUGGUGGUGAUGAUGAUACAAUCAAUCACAAUAACACUCACAAUGACAACGACAAUGACAAUGAUAAUGGCAAUGAAGUAGAAGAAGAGGAAGAAGGUGAUCAACUUGCACCAGAGAACACAAUCACAUUGUCAUCAGAGGAAGAGUUGAGACGGAGACUGAAACAACGCUCAUCAGGUCUGUUGAGUUUGGACAAUCUGCAAUAUGAACGUACAGCUAUUGAUACACUCAAGACUAGCAUUGUACAGACGACUGUGGACGUCACCAACAACAGCCUAGACAUGUUCAAUCUCGAGUUGGACCUAUCGGCCAACAAGCAUCGCAUGAAGCUGCUGGCCACCAAGCUCAACGAGCUCAAGCAACAGAUGGACGACUACGAGUCUGACAUUGAAGAGUUGACGGCAAAGAGUGCCAAUCAACAGGCGACACACAUCAGCCUUCAGAUGAAGACCAAGAUACUGAGGAAGAGUUAUCAACACAAGGUUGACCUACUCAAUGAGAAGAAGCGAAUGAUUGAGGAGGCUGAACUGGCUACACUGGACCCGCGAAUCAGCAAAGUGCUAGAGAUGAUCAGUCUGCGGCGCGCCGUCAAUCACUCACACAUGUCUCAGGAAGAGGUACACUACAUUGCACAGCCGGCACCCUCAAGAAUGCCCUCGCACAUUGAGCUCCUCACACCAGAUCGCGAUCAAUCAUUCGUUGGAGUUGGAAUUGGAGUUGGAGUAGGAGCUGCACCACAAUCAUCAUCAACUUCGUCGUCAUCAUCGACAUCAGCACCAAAUGGAAGAUAUCAAUCACCCUUAGCAUGUCUUAGAUCAUAUCGUCACUCGCCCAACUAUUCUCUUCUCUCUCCAUUCACUCAUUCAUCCAGUACAUACUCAACCAAACUCAAUCCCAGACGCAAGCUAUGCAUGUACGAACUCGACGGAGUGUGUCGAGAUCCCAAUUGCAAGUUCCUUCAUGUCAGGGACUUCAAGAUGACGAACAAAGAGAUCAUUGAGGACUUGUUGACUUACUCAAACUCGAAUUUGGACAAGCAACAGAAGGAUGUGAUAUUGACGACUUUGAAUGAGGAUGAAUCCCAAUCAACAUUGACCAAGGCAGCAAAACUGGCCGAAUCAAUUGUCGGUCUUGAUCAUGUGAUGCUCGAGCUCAACCCAUCUCGCGAGAGGGCUAUCAAGGAUCGAAACAUGCAAUAUCUGAACGAAAUGGAAGAGGCUGCGACAAAGAGGCAGAAUAGGUUGUUUGCUUCGAUCACUGCUUUGACGAGACCCAAGACGACACGACCUGCGAAGCGUCCCCGCGAGGAGGACACAACUAGUGUCGCACCCACCGUCACUGAUGAAUCAGAGGACUUCCUUCCAUUGCUUGCGGAUGAUGUUGCGGAGCCAAGUACAACUGGACCAUCAGCAGACGACAGUGUGGACACUGAUGGAGAGGAUGAAGAUGUCGCGGCCCUGUCGAUCAAUCAAGAAGUGGACUCAGUGCGACUAAGUGGAGCGAGUGGAGUAUCAACAGCCGACUACAUGAAGGACCCAACAAGUGUUGCCAAAUGCAUUGGAUACCUCUGUACAUUGACAACAUACAAUGUCCUGGCUAAUGAAUCAUGCCGAGAGGAGGUACUGAUUAGACUUAGACGCAUAGUUGAGAACAACUCAGCAUCGCUAAUGUACUGGAAGAUAUAUAUUGAGGUGUACUCGAGGAAGUAUACAAACUCAUCCAAAGAGAUUGAAGCACUGAUUGAUGAGGCUGCCGAAGCCACUGGCGACACUAUUCUUUUGCCCCUUAUGAAGCUACGACUUCCCAGCUCACUGCCUCACAAGCUGUCCAUAUGCACACAUACACUCACUAGACUGAUGGAGAUGGACACACUCUCAGACUCUAGCGAGUCGACCACAACUCCCGCGAUGUCUGAAGAGCGAUCAUUCUGGACACUCGAACUCCUCCUCAUAUACCUAAGAUACGUCUGCGAGGCAGGCUGGCGCGACUUCCUUCUCUUGGAGUUCUUGGCGUUCUACAACUUGGAGAGCGCUGCUGCGCUGUUUGUUCGCUCAGACUACGACUCUUUCAAACACCUCGAUCCACUCCUCUCUGUGCCACACAAAGCAUCGACCAUCAGAUCAAUCCUCGCACCACAAGAACAGCAAUCGCUCAAGCUAGUGUUCAUCACACUCUUACUCUUUAACGUGAUACCCGAUACAACAGACCUAUAUAUAAAUGGUGCCAACAACAAUAGCGUGGAGCCAAAGCAGUUCACAUUCAACUGGGAUGCAUACUUUGGCAACAAUGCAUACCUACAACACAGUCCACAGAACGUGGAUGCAAUCAAGAUCAUAAUGGAGACACUGGAUACAACAUCGACAGGCAACAACUCUUUCACACUCAAUCAUCUCUCAUUCCUAUCACGUGUACAACCACUACGUGAUAUAGCGUCCUACACAAACACACUAUUGGAGUCUCAACCAAACAACAUUGAUGCAUGGCUAUUCUUGGCAGAUUGCUAUUGCACCAAGGGUGGCAAGCACAAGGACAUCAUCAUCCUACUUCAAGAGGCUUUACGAUUGAAUGCCAGCUCAUUCAAGUUGAUACAUUACUACACACUCUAUCUCAUUGGCCAUCAUCAACACAUUGAAGCCAUCAAAGAAGUGGAUCAUUUCGUCAAUGCUCUCUAUUCAAUCAAUCAGAAACAAACAACAUUGAUCAACGACGAACGCAUUGAUACCACGUCCCUACUCAACAUACUACUUGGAAGAAGUUCAAACAUCAAUCAAUUUCUGUCUGUUGCUGCAGUGUCCAUGACUCAUUCCCAAAUAGACGACAAUGAGUUGGUAAACUGUUGGUUGACAUUCUCCCUCUAUGCCUACCUCAAGAGGGAUUACAAAGAGGUGGUCUCAAUCCUAAAGGAUGCAACCAAUAGUCAUCUGAACUCAAUGGAGGAUAAGAAACAGAUUUGGAAAGAACUUCUACAUGUUAUAACAAACUCAUCAACUGUAUCUAAUGAGAUUGAUAACCUUGUGGAUCAAUUCUUCCAAGAGGUACCAACAGAGUUCUAUUAUCCAUUUGGACAGUACAACUCCAUGGUCCCUAGCGAUGCACCCCAAGUCCUACACUCUGCACUCAAACCCCCAUGUCUAAAGGACUACUCUGCACACAAUCAGGUAUUUGAUCUUUAUCGAAACAUUAAGAACAAUGCGAUACCAUUGCUAAAGAAGUGUGUAUACCUCUUCCCAGACAAUGAUCAUAUGUUCUCAAUGUAUGUCAAGAUGCUCUCGGGUAACUCAUUCGACACGGCAGUCAAGAGCAUUUUGAAGACCAUCACACCCAAGCGAGCCAUCUCCUUGGCCAUCUGGAAGCUUUCACUUCAAGCUGCCAUCGAUUCAAAUUUACCCGAGCAACAGAUAACCAAACUGUACAGGAAUGUAUUAAGUUACUAUCCUUACAAUCAAGACCUCUGGAUGGAGUACCUCUCAUUCGAAGAGAAGACCAAUCCGGCCCGCUUUGGCAAGACUCUCAAAGCCAACAUCGACAAGGCAGAGCUAUUUGGCGUCAAUGUCUACGCGUUGUCUGUGGCUGAUCGGCCAGAACAGUGA